CCCUUCUCUUGCCCGUUAACGAUCAAAAUUUGUCGUUUUCAAAACCCUAGAGAGAGAGAGAGAGAGAGAGAGAGUGCCGAUCGCAAAUCGAAUACUAGUUGGUAAAUUUCUCCCCAAAACACAAACAUCAGAAAGCUCGAUUUCGCUUCUGUUCUUCUAAAAAUUACGUCUUUUUCCGUUUCACUCCCCAACGAAUUAGGGUUUCCAUUUGAUCCGUCUCAGUUCAUGCGUUAACCAAUGGACGCCGACGUGGCUCGUUGGGUCCUCGAGUACCUCCUCCGUCAACCCCUCGACGACCGCACGCUCAACAACCUCCUUCGCGUCCUCCCUAUCCCCGACGACAACGUCCGUUUUAAGAAGUCAAUGCUUCUCCGCAGGAUCGAAUCAGAGAUAAUUAGAAAGGGUUCAAUCUCGGAGAAGCUUCUUGGGUUUUUGGAACGCAUCGAGGAGCUAGAUAACCAAGAGGGGAUCGAGACUUGCGAUUCGAUGAAGCACGCGUAUUGUUCGGUGGCUGUGGAUUGCACGGUGAGGUUUCUUGAUGAGAGGGAGGAGUAUUUCGACGCGGUGAAGAGGAUAUGGAGGGGUAGGGUUUGGAAGAUGGAGAGGUCUGAGAGGGCUGUUGGGUUGGUUUGUGAUGAGUUGAGAGGUUGGAGGGAUGAUAUUGAGGCGGCGGUGUGGGACCCGAGUGUUUGCGAAAAUGUGCGGGUAAAGAGCAGAGGGAAUGGUGUUCUGGAGGCGGUUAGGGUUUAUGUUGAUGAAGCGUGGAAGAGUGCGGGCCCGUCUUUUCUUGAAGCCGUGGCGGGGACUGUGAGUGAGGAUACAAUGAGGGAGGUUUUGGGACAGGGCGGGAUAGGUGAUCGAGCAGGUGGAGAUUCAACUCGGGAUUUGAUUGUUAAUGAGAAGGAUAAAGAAUCGCAGAGAGGUGGUGUGUUGCCUAGGCAGAAGCAUGUUGUUACGAAACGCUCCAGAGGUGCAACCAUUGGCACUUCCAGAGGAGUUAAGAUCACUGAUACAGAAGAACUGGAUUUGAGGAAGUUAUCUAACUACUACAAGUGUCUACCUUCUCCUGAUAUUGAUAAAGUAAAAGAAGCACUCAGAACCAGUGUUUCUGAGCUACGAGCAGUGGUGAAAGACCCUCUUCCUGAGGCCUUACGGCUUGCAGAGAAUGUGAUGUCUUGCAUGGAUGGACAAAACAUGAAUCAGGAGUCAUCAGUUAGAGGACAGAACGGGAAAAAUGUAGAUGCAGCAAAUCCUUCUGUUGGCACGAGUCCUGAAGCUGCUCUUGCCAAUGAGGCUAAUUGCGACAAUCAACGUUCCGGGCAUCAGAAUGAUGCGCCUAAACCCAGCUUAAUGGCACGGAAUGGUACUGCCCGCACUUUCAAGUGGGAUGAUUCUAUUGACUCCUUACCUGAAGGGUCAGCUGACCAUGCAAGUAGACUUCACUUGCCUACACCAAAGAGAAGGCUUGUUUCUCCUCUGAAAAAGUAUGAAACUCCAAAAAUAUCAACGAGGAGAAAAGUGAAGAAAUGGAGUAUACUGGAAGAAGACACUUUAAGGACUGGCGUGCAGAAGCUUGGUAUGGGGAACUGGAAGGUCAUCUUAAAUGCGUAUCGUGAAAUAUUUGAAGAAAGAACUGAGGUUGAUUUGAAAGACAAGUGGAGAAAUAUGACACGCUAUUGACUUAUCAAAAUAAUGUCUUCAGUUUGUAUUAUAUUUGAGAUACGAUUGUACUCAUGGUAAUAAGUCAUGCAGAGGCUCGAAACAACAUUUGGUUGGUCCUACGUCUACAGCAUGGCACCAAAUCUUUUGCCAACUUAAAUGUGAUGAGAUGAAGUUCUUAAACCGACAGACUAUCGGCAUGAGCUUCUCUCUAGCUAGUUUGGGUCUUUUUUUGCCUAUCAAAUUAGCCGAGCCUGUUGAGCCUUGAGCUCCAAGUCUGUGCUCUCUUCUCCGAGCUCCUUGAGCAACCCAACUGAAUCACCAGAGUGCAGGCCUUACGUUUUGUGCUCAUCGGUUCAAGCAUUGUGAAUACGUUGGUGACAAAGUUUGUACAUCUGCUAAUUAUGUUAGAAACGUGUAAUUUGUAGAAUUUUUAGUAUUAAGCCAGGGUUUUCUUAUGCAUUCAGAAUGUAUGAAUAUAUUUUAGAUUUUACAAAGGAGAGUUUUGGUACUGUAAAGUGUAAACCAUCUGCCGCCUUGCCUGAUGAACAAGUAGGACUGUAUUACAUGAUGUUUCUUGUGGCAUCAACAAAUAGCUUUGUUUUUU